GUCCCUGCCGGCCCAUGAAGUGACCCAGGCGGGUGGCACAGCCCCUGCUCCUGCCGUAGCCACCACAGCCACACCUGGCACUGAGGUCUGCUGGCCAUGGGCAACCUGAUAAAGGUAUUGGGCAAAGAUUUAGAAAACUGUCCUCAUUUUUUCCUGGAUUUUGAAAAUGCGCAGCCGACGGAGGCCGAGACAGCGGUGUGGAACCAGGUGAACGCCGUGCUGGAGGAGGCACAGACCAUCCUGGCCGAGCUGCAGUCCUACACGGGCGCGGGGCAGGAGAUCCGAGAGGCCAUCCAAAACCCCGGGGACCUGCGGCUGCAGGAGCGCGCCUGGAGCGCCGUGUGCCCCCUGGUCGCCAAGCUGAAACGCUUCUACGAGUUCUCCCUGCGGCUGGAGAACGCCCUGCGGAGCCUGCUGGAGGCCCUCACCAGCCCCCCCUACGCCCCGACCCAGCACCUGGAGCGGGAGCAAGCCCUGGCCAAGCAGUUCGCCGAGAUCCUGCACUUCACCCUCAGCUUCGAUGAGCUCAAGAUGACCAACCCUGCCAUCCAGAACGACUUCAGCUACUACAGACGCACCAUCAGCCGGAAUCGCAUCAACAACCUGCAGCUGGAUGCAGAGAGCGAGGUGAACAACGAGAUGGCCAACAGGAUGUCCCUCUUCUACGCCGAGGCCACCCCCAUGCUGAAAACUCUCAGCAAUGCCACCACCAAGUUCGUCUCAGAGAACAAGACCCUCCCCAUCGAGGACACGACCGACUGCCUGAGCACCAUGGCCUGCGUGUGCAGGGUGAUGCUGGAGACCCCGGAGUACCGGAGCCGCUUCACCAACACCGAGACCUUGCUCUUCUGCAUGAGGGUGAUGGUCGGAGUCAUCAUCCUCUACGACCACGUCCACCCCGUGGGGGCCUUCGCCAAGACCUCCAAGAUCGAUAUGAAAGGCUGCAUUAAAGUCUUGAAAGACCAACCCUCAACCAGCACCGAGGGGCUCCUGAACGCUCUGAGGUACACCACCCGGCACCUCAACGAUGACACCACGUCCAAACAGAUCCGGGCCCUGCUGCAGUGAGCGCGGGGCGGCACCGGAGCCGCAGCCACCGUGUCACCGACGCCCAUGACCAUACAGCUCAUUUUGUACAGAGGGAAAAGGGACAAGGAGGAAUGCACAGAAAUACUAAAAGCGAAUCGAAACGGCCCCGGGCCGCCCUCCCCCGCCACGC